AUGGAGAAGCUAAAUGAUGACGCAAUAUUAAGUAUUCUAAGCUACUUGGAUUUGACGGAUCAGCAAACGAUGUUGUCCGUUCAUUGGCGCUUUUAUAAUCUGAUGCCAACUGUGUGGUGCCUUAAAUACAAAACCAUUAACAUAUCGUUCUUUGAAAUACAGUUUACGGAAGAACACCUGCAUUAUUUUCUCCGCAGUAUUAUGAAAACAGUUGAAGUGAUGCGUCUAAAAAUGCUGACACCAGAAAAUUUUGAAGUCCUUACCACAUACGAAUAUCCAAAGGUUCAAGAUUUUCGGUUUGCACAAACUUCCUGUCAGUUUUUGUGUGAUUCACAUAUCGCCAGAAUAAUAACAGCAUUUCCUAAUAUAAGAACAUUUAGUCCGCAUGGAAGUUUUUCCGGUGCUCAUCUUACUGAAUUUUCACAUUUGAAGAGCCUGACGUUAUCCUAUUGCACGAAGUUCAAAGUGGAAAAUUUGGUGAAAAUUAUGCAAAAGCAUCAGCUUAGAGAAUUAAAACUGGGUAUAUUCGAUGGAAAAUCUGUUGAAAUGGCAACACUACCGAUCGAGUCCAUGUCCGGGCUAGAACUAAUAAAGCUUGAUCUUGAUGAAUUAUCUUGGUUUGAUAAGCACUUUAGUGAUUUAGUAAGCCUGAAGCAACUGAUUGAGAAACCUUGGUUGUGGUCUGUUGAAGGUGAAAAUAGCCGUCUCAUCGUUCUUACCGGCAAGAAUUACGAUUACAGCUACGAGCCAAUAUACAUAGUAUUUAAAUAA